GUGUCUACUUAUAGAUAUAUACAUACAGUGGAGUUAUUGUACUUUUAAAGAAUUAAAUUUAUUAGGAUAUUUAAAUUAAAAGAUUGGGAAGAAUGAUCUUGUUUACAAUGGUGCAUUGAACUAUAGAAAUAUAAAUGAAAGAUAUUGCAAAAUUAUAGUUUGUUUUAUGACCUGUCAUUUUACAUGCUGUGAGAUAUAUGAUUGUUUACUUUUGAUGGCAUUCUACUGAUAUAUUGUGGUACAUUUGUUUGGGCAUAGUACGAAUUACUUGUAAUGUAAACAUUCUGCAGAACUGAUCAAGGAGCUUAAAGUACGGUGGUACAUUAUCGAUAAGGAGAAUAUAUUGUAUUUGUGACUAUUAGGUAUAAAAUCAUGAAGAAAAUUGGAAGGAAUCCGACUGAUGCAAAUAUUCAGAAUGAAUUUGAUAUGUCGGAAAAACUAAGGAAUUUGGAAGGGGACAAUGCAUACAAGUCUCGAGCUGGCCGUAAAAGACAUAGCAUACAAUACGACAGACGUUUGUCGUUACAGCCGCUCAGCGAUCGUAGAUCAAGUAAUGCUUCUUCUACAGGAGAAAGUGUUGAUUCACUGUCUUCAUACACUGGAAGUUCUUCAGAUGAAGAUGAUGUCAAUCCUAGAGAAAAAGUACAGAAAAAUUCCAAAGGAAGUGCAGAUUUCUGUGUCAGGAAUAUUGACCAUGCUGCAUUUGGAAGAAGAGAGAUUGAAAUUGCUGAGCAAGAAAUGCCUGGAGUGAUAGCAUUAAGAAGAAGAGCAGAAGCUGACAAGCCUCUUUCUGGUGCAAAAAUUAUUGGUUGUACUCACAUCACAGCUCAGACUGCUGUUCUGAUAGAAACAUUGGCAGCACUAGGAGCAUCUGUUAGAUGGGCAGCUUGUAAUAUCUACUCUACACAGAAUGAAGUUGCUGCAGCCCUUGCAGAAGCAGGAUAUUCCAUCUUUGCUUGGAAAGGUGAAUCAGAGGAAGAUUUCUGGUGGUGUAUAGAUAAAUGUAUUAACUGUGAAGGAUGGCAGCCAAACAUGAUUUUGGAUGAUGGAGGAGAUGCCACACAUUUGAUGUUAAAACGUUAUCCAGCCAUGUUUAACAUGAUUAAAGGAAUUGUAGAGGAAAGUGUGACAGGAGUUCAUAGGUUAUAUCAGCUCUCAAAAGGAGGAAAAUUAACUGUUCCAGCAAUGAAUGUCAAUGAUUCUGUUACAAAGACAAAGUUUGAUAACCUGUAUAGUUGUAGAGAGUCAGUUUUAGAUGCAUUAAAGAGAACAACUGAUGUGAUGUUUGGUGGGAAACAGAUCCUUAUAUGUGGAUAUGGUGAGGUAGGAAAAGGUUGUUCUGCAGCAUUGAAAGGUUUAGGAUGUAGUGUAAUGGUCACAGAAAUUGACCCAAUAUGUGCUCUACAAGCUUGUAUGGAUGGUUUCAGAGUUGUCCGACUUGAGGAGGCCAUAAAGAGUAUAGAUAUUUUAAUAACAUGUUCAGGUAAUAAGAAUGUAGUGACCAGAUCCCACAUGGAUAGACUGAAGACUGGUUGUAUUGUAUGCAAUAUGGGCCACUCCAACACAGAAAUAGAUGUUGGUAGUUUACGAACCCCAGACCUCACAUGGGAGCAAGUUAGAUCUCAAGUUCACCAUAUCAUAUGGCCAGAUGGCAAACGUAUUAUAUUAUUAGCAGAGGGUCGUCUAGUAAAUUUGAGUUGUUCUAGUGUCCCUUCAUUUGUUGUCUCCAUCACAGCUGCUACUCAGGCAUUAGCAUUGAUAGAACUAUACAAUGCACCUCCAGGCAGAUAUAAACAAGAUGUCUACCUCUUACCAAAGAAAAUGGAUGAAUAUGUAGCAAGUUUACAUUUACCAAACUUUGAUGCACAUCUGACAGAACUAUCAGAUGAACAAGCAAAAUACUUAGGAUUAAAUAAAACAGGACCCUUCAAGCCAAAUUAUUAUAGAUAUUAAAGAGAACAGAAUCGUUGGAGAUUACCCACCAUUCCACAAUAUGCCACGACAAUAAACAUAUCAUGUGAUUUGAUCAUGUGACAGACAACUUUAUUUCCUGCAUUUUUUCUUUGAAAUUGAACAGAACAUGAUUUUAUUUGAUUAAAGACAAAGCGUAUUACUUUUUCAUUAUAUACAUUUUAUUUGGUUGGAAAGGAAGCUCUUGUAUGUUUUUAAAAAAAAAUUGAAUGCAGUUUAACUUUUGUAUAUUCAAUUUCAUUUCACAAAAGGAAUUCAGAAAACUUUGAUCACGCCAAAAUUAUAAAAAAUAUGUAUUGCAAAAACAAGCACACAGACCCAUUUUUGUUUCAUAAUAGUUUUGAUUGGUGUGUUACGUGCAUAUUAAUUUAGAUAUGGAAAAAAAUAAGAAAAAGUAGUUUCAAUUUUCCUAAAGUACCACAUAGGAUAGAAUAUUCAGUUGAACUAUUUUGAAUUCAAAACAAAACAAUUAAGUAAGAAAUGCAAAUGAUGUCAUAUUUUGGACUAUUUGUUAUGUGCCUGCAUGUUUUUAAAUUUUCAUAUAUUCUGAAAGAAACUGUGAUAGUAUGUUUAAACAGUGAUAAAUAAACGUUUAAAAGUAUAUAUUGUUCAUAUACUAUCAAGAUAUAUAGACAAACUUCUAAUCUGUCAGAUGUUACUGUCUUUCUAUUACAAUUAAUCAACUAAAUGAUUGUUUUUGUUUUUCAUAUUAUCGUGUAAAGAUAGUUUGAUCAGCUGGUAACAAUGCACAUAGGGUUUUAUUAUAUGCAGUUUGAAGAAUUGAAUUCAUAUAACUUACUGAAAUCAUUUUAAUAUACCAAAGAUUCAUAGGUUAUGGUAUAUGUGUGCAAUAAUGAAAUCCUGAUACAAAUAACAAAAAUGUAUGAAAUAACUUAAAACAUGACCCUACAAAAUCUGAAAACUUCAUUCUGAUUUGUUGGAUUAAAAUUCAUAAUGGCCAGUUUCAACUUUACUUAAGCUUUUCUGAACAAAGGUCUUGUGUGUCAUUUCCAAUGUAACAUUGAUUCUAGUUUAUUGGAUUAUUGAAUCAAACACUUAACAUUCUUUUUGUAUCAAUUCAAUUCAAAGAGGUAAAUAAUAAAAAUAAAAUUAGAACGGGAAAAAAAAUCUGGGUAUCAUUUGUCUAUUCUGUAAUUAUUUCAAAUUUGAAUAAAAAAAAAUCUAGAGUUGAAUUUCGUUUGAAUUGUUUGUGCAUAGUCACUGUAAGAAAUUUUUUUUCCAUUCCUGUUUUCUUUUUCAUCUUUUUUAGUAUGUAUAUAAUGUAGUUUACACUUUUGUUCAUUCUUUUGAAUCUCAGAUUUUUUUCAAACUGACUGUAGAUGUAACUCAUAACAUCUCCUCAUUGUUCUUUUAUUGAAAAUUAAGAUGCAUUGAUUACGAAUAAGUCUUAAAAUGUAUGUAUAAAUUUCCAUGUUUUUUAUUUUAAUUUUCAUAAUUUUCUGUGAUUUGUUCAGUUGCAUAUCUGUAUAUACUCAAAUGUAAUGUAUAAACAGAGGUCUGGAAUGUAUUUGAGUUUUAUUUGAUUUUAAUUGAUUUUGAUUUUAAUUGAAUUAACACUUCAUAUAAUAAAAGGUAAAGAAAAAAAAUCAGAUCUAGACAUACUUAGCCUUUGCAUUAGUUUGUAUAUAAAAUAUUAUUGUUUGAUAAUAUUGCCUUAAAAAGAAAUGCAUUUAUGAGGUUAAAAAAAUGUUUUUGAGGAAUUUUUCCAUUUAAAUAAACCCCCAAAACAACUGUUUUAAAAAGGCAUUAGAAAAUUUAAAGUAGACAUCAAGCACACUAAAAUGCACUUUCUAAGAUGACGUUGUGCAUUGUUGAAAUGCAAAGUAUAAACAUAUUUUUUGUAAAUAUGAAAAUAUAGUAAUAAUAAACUAGAGCGACUUUUUUUUUAUCUUGGUUAAAUAAUUUUCAGGUCAUUAUUCCUGUGUCAAUUUAUGCAUAUAAAUAUCUGUGGUAAAUCAAAAGUAUUCAUGAACCAGAUGAAAUAUUGUACAAGUAAACAAAAAAUAGUAUAAUUUUAAGGGUGGUGAAAAAGGAAUAAUGGCCAAAAACAAGGGGAUUGGUUGUAAUGUACUUGUAAUAAAUUAUAUGAAGCAUCUUUAUUUGAAAAAAGACUAAAUUGGAAGAAAAAAAAUUUGGAAAAAAGAUAUUUGAUUUAGAAAAAUAUGUGACAAAACAGAAAAUAAUGCUACAGGUCCAUGGCAAGGCAAACAAUAAUUUAUUGGUAUGAAUUUAUCCAUUUUGCCAAUAUGUUUUGUGAAAUUACAAAAUUGUGUUCAUGAAAUAGUCUAAAAUGAUGAUAAAAAAAUUUGUAAUCAAGAAGUUACCAAAAUGGAUGGACAAACUUAAAACAUUUAAAGCCAAGAGUUAAUUAAUUUUCUGUCUUGCAUGCAAUUGUAGCUGAAUUUUCUGUAUUGUCUAAGGAUAUCAAUAUGGUGGUGUGUAACGGGUUUUGGUAAUAUAAAGAUCAUAAUGGAAAGAAGAUAAUAGAUAUAUAAUGUAUGAUUAAAUGUAAUUCAGUUUCUGUGAUAUGAGUUAUAAAUAUUGUAUUGCACAUUUAGAUUUACACAUUUCCUUAGAAAGGAGUUUUAAGUAACAGUUUUGGGCUUUUUCAUAGGAUACUCUCUUGGAAGCUUCUCUAAGUUCAUAAGCUAAAUGUUUUAAUAUUCAGUGGUAAUAUAAAUAUUGAUUUUCAAACAAAUAUAUAUGAAAAUGUUGAUGAAAAAUUCUAGUCUUAAACUAUUUUGCUAAAUUUUCAAAAUUGUUCAUUAUCCAAUACCAUAAGUUACUAUGCAGUGGUUUUCAUAUAGUCUUAGCAUUCAGGGACAGUUGUAAAUAGUAUUAUCUCCUCUUAAUUACUUCAUUUAAACUGCACUGCAUUAUGGUUACAUUCCAGUGCCAAAAAAGUUUUAUAUAUUUCUUGGUUAGAAAAGACUGGUGAAUAAUACAUACAUUUGCAUAUUUAUUAGAAAAAUUUAGUGAUUCAUGUUUUUUGAGACCCCUUUAAAAUUCAACAGACAUCAACACUUCCUUUAUUAAGUUCAAUAGUAAACAUUUCUUUAAUUCCAUACAAGAUACUUUUUAAGCAGUGCAGUUUCUAUGUUGCCUCAAUUUUUAUGAUUAAAUAAAAGCUAUUUAAAAGCUAAAAAUUUAAUUAAAAUGUGUUAUUUGUUAAACUAAAUAUGGAUAUGUAACUACACAUAGUCACAUUACAACAGUCACUAUUUAUAUUACAUGUCACUUUAUAUAGAAUAAAUGUAUUAUUAUAUAAAGACAAAUUCAUGAAAGGUCAGUGUUUAAUUGAUUGUUAGUUAGAAUAAGAGAUUUCAAAUGAUUUAGUGUGAUUACCAUGGUAACAAUGCUGUUACUCUAGAGUCCAUUAUGUUAUAAGUCAGAAAUUGUUAGAAAUAAAAGCAGUUUAUUAAUGA